AUGUCGUACAAAUUCUGGAACCGGCCCACGGCGGCCGCCCGCGAGAUCCCAGUGGUCGAUGCUUAUACUUCGGACUCGGAGCCGUCAAUUCUUCACGAUGGUGACCUGGCCUAUACCCGCGCAAAGGCUGGCAACGAUUCCGGAGCAACGUACCAAGAAGCUGUGGGCGCACCUGUCGAGGUGCGCUCGCCGUUGGGAUACAAUGUGGGCUGGGUGACGAUCAUCUUUCUGAAUGUCAAUCAGAUGGUCGGCACGGGUAUUUUCUCAACGCCGGGAAGCAUUCUAGGCAGCACUGGGUCCGUUGGCCUGGCUCUCUUCUACUGGGUCAUUGGGUUUGUGAUGGCAGCUGCCGGAUUGGCUGUUUAUCUCGAACUGGCUGCCUACUUUCCCAACCGCAGUGGCUCCGAAGCUGUCUAUCUUGAGCAAGCCUAUCCGCGACCUAAGCACUUUUUCCCUAUUGCCUUCGCGGUCCAGUCCGUGAUCCUGUCUUUCAGUGCUAGCAAUGCUAUUGUCCUUUCCCGUUACAUAUGGCGUAUCGCAGAAAAGACACCUACCGACUGGGAAUCCAAGGGCGUGGCAGUCGCUGCUUACACCCUGGCCGUGAUCUGCGUCAUCGCCAACAACAAAUAUUCACUCUGGGCGACCAAUGUCCUCGGGGUCUUCAAAAUCGCACUACUCGUCGUCAUCUCGAUCACCGGCUUCGUGGUUCUGGGCGGCCACACGAGCGUGCCUAAUCCGGGCGCGAACUUCGACAACGCGUUCGAAGGCACCACAACCAACGGGAACGACCUAGCCAACGCCAUGGUCAAUAUUGCAUUCGCAUAUUCGGGCUACCAAAAUGCUUUCAACGUCGUCGCUGAGAUCAAGCGUCCUAUUCCAACCCUGAAGAAAUACGCCACCAUCUCGGUCGUGCUGGUUGCUGUUCUCUACAUGCUGUGCAAUAUCGCGUACUUCGCCGCUGUUCCCAAGGAGGAGUUUGCGGAAUCUAAGGAGAUUGCGGCCGGCGUAUUCUUCACCGCAGUCUUCGGCUCAAGGGGCUCCAAGGCGCUUAACGUGCUUGUGCUUUUGAGCGCCUUCGGAAACCUGCUUGCUGUCUUAAUUGGCCAAUCCCGCCUGAUCCGAGAAAUUGGAAGGCAGGGUGUCCUCCCUUGGACCCAAUUCUGGGUUUCUACCAGGCCUUUCGGCACCCCUAUUGGACCCUACCUAUUGAAGUGGUUUGUCACCUUUAUUAUGAUCGUUGGCCCUCCCGCUGGAGAUGCUUUCCAGUUUGUGGUGAGCUUGAAAACAUACCCAGACAGCAUGUUCCUUGUUGCAAUGACACUCGGAGUCUACAUCUUCCGAUACCGCUACAAACGCGUUGGCCAGGGCGGCCCAUAUGCUGGGGAUGUGAGCUUCUGGUACGCUACCUACUGUGUUGUUGGUAUUGGUAUCCUCAUCAUUUGUGGUCUGUACUACGUUGCUUGGAUGUAUGUCCUUCCCCGCUUGGGCAAAUAUGAGGUGCGGCCGGAAAUUCUUGUGGAUGUGGACAACAGAGGCGCUACAACGCACCGUCUAGUUCGCGUCCCACGCGACAAAGUUGCAGAAUGGGAUGCGAACCACGAUGAAGCGGGAAACCUAAGACAAAGGAGAUUGGAUACGUUCCGGAAGGAAUUCACAUAA